CCGCUUCUGUGUGCGCCGGCUCUCGUACGUAGUCUACGUAGUACAUGACUUUCUAUACUUAGAGCGUUGCAUCAUGCGCGAAAUCGGUGACUACUUACGCGUAUAUAACUCUGAGUAAUUCCAGCUGCUGGGGAAAACGGGCAAGCUUCAGCUACCUAGUUCGAAAUCGCCGGCGAAUUCAGAUAGUGUUCCGAAGUUGUGAGACGUAACCCCCGUCCACCGUGCCCCGUCAUUGAUGAAUAUCGGUCUUAGAAAAUUAAUUUCGAAAAAGGAGGUCGAUCGAGCUAUCAAAGAAACAAUAGACAAGGUGCUUGUGUUGAGAUUCGGGGAAGAAGCUGACUGUCUGCGGAUUGAUGACGUUCUGAACAAAGCGGCGCCUCUGCUGUCUCGUAUGGCAGAGGUGUACGCCGUCGAGCCCCACUCCGUGCCAGUCUAUACGAGGUACUUCGACGUGACCAUCACGCCAGCCACGGUAUUUUUUUUCAAUGGUCAGCACAUAAAAAUAGAAAGCAGCAGGAGUGCCGACCACACCAAGUUUGUGGGCUCCUUCAAGACCAAGCAGGAUGUAAUUGACCUGGUGGAAGUGGUCUACCGGGGUGCCAUGCGAGGCAAGCUCAUUGUGACAUCCCCGAUCGAGACUUCCCACACACCUCAGUACAACCUGCUUUACAAGGACAUCUGACCACCAUGUGGGCUGCACCUGUGCUGCGAGCAGUUAGCCGCGAGCUGCGAGUGGCAGCGAGGCUGCACGGGCUCAGGUCUAGCGCAGGAACUCUACUGCUGAGGGGUGCCUGCUUGCAGCAGCGCCUUCCCGUGCCAUGGCAGCGCAGGGGACUGGGAUUUGCAGCCGUGCCUGUUGGCCUGGGCGGCUACCUGAUGGCGAACAAAAGCAAUGGCAAAGGCUCAAGAGGAAAGGUUGUUUCGUGCUGCCAAGCUUGGCAAUGCGGACGAGCUUCGACGACUCUUGGCCGACAAGAGUGUGGACCCAAACUGCCGCCACGCGCUAGGCUGGACGCCGCUGCACGUUGCGGCCAUCAGUGGGCAUGGCGACUGCGUCCUGGCCCUUCUCGAAGCUGGCGCCGACAUUGACGCUGGCGAUGAAUUCAGUAAUGUCUACCAAAUGGCUCGUGAGAAGCAGCUUCAUUCCUUAGAGGUUUUGGUGGUUCGUGAAGACGAGUUCAGCAACCGGCUAAGCAACCGGGCUUCGUUCCGCGGAUGCACAGCUCUGCAUUAUGCAGUCCUGACUGAUGACACGAAGCUCGUGAAGACCCUGCUGGAGAAAGGUGCCGACCCAACGCUGGCCAACGACCAGAACCAUUUGCCGGCUGACUACAGCCGCAACCCGGUCAUGCGCAAGCUGCUCAAAGAAUACACAGACGAGCACAACAAAAAGCGCAAGCAAAGGGAGGCUGAGGAACGACGGCGCUUUCCUCUUGAGCAACGAGUCAAGCAGGUAAUCGUGGGCCAAGAAGGUGCCAUCGCUCUGGUUGCAGCUACCAUCCGGCGCAAGGAACUCGGAUGGUUUGAUGACGAACACCCACUCGUUUUUCUCUUCCUUGGCUCAUCGGGUAUUGGCAAAACGGAGCUGGCAAAGCAGAUGGCGGAGUACUUGCACGGGGGAAGCACGGGCCGCUCGUCGUCUGGAGGAAAGGGCUUCAUUCGAUUGGACAUGUCCGAGUACCAAGAGAAGCAUGAAGUGGCCAAGCUCAUUGGCUCACCGCCCGGCUAUGUUGGCCACGACGAUGGAGGGCAGCUCACGCAGCGUUUGCGUGAAUGCCCCAACGCUGUUGUGCUGCUCGACGAGGUGGACAAGGCACACCCAGAUGUGCUGACCGUGUUGCUACAGCUGUUUGACGAAGGCCGACUCACCGAUGGCAAGGGCAGGACCGUUGUCUGCAAGGAUGCCAUCUUCGUCAUGACUUCCAACUUGGCCAGCGAAGAGAUAGCUCAACAUGCUACCGACCUCCGCAGGGAUGCUGAACUGCUUGCCCUGCAGCGCCAGAGUCUGCAGCCGAGCAGCGUCGCGGAGGAAGUCAAUAUCCGCAGUGAUUUCAAGGAACGGGUGGUGCGACCCAUUUUGAAACGCCACUUCCGCCGCGACGAGUUCCUUGGCCGGAUCAAUGAGAUCGUCUACUUCCUGCCCUUCUCACGGAAGGAACUGACAGUGCUGGUGACGCGGGAGCUCGAGGGCUGGACCCGGCGGGCAAAGGACAAGCACGGCAUCGAGCUUACUUGGGAGCGGCGUGUCGUCGAACUUUUGGCAGACGGGUACAACGUUCACUAUGGCGCACGUUCAGUCAAACACGAGGUUGAAAGGCAAGUUGUGAACCGGCUUGCAGAGGCCCAUGAGAAACAGUUGCUCGACUCCGGCUGUGCAGUUCACCUAGUGGUCGAGGAUAGUGACGACGGAGGUCCGGCGAGGAUCGCGCUACUGGUGCGACCAAAGUCACACCGAAACAUGGAGCUAGACCUUCCUCUGAGUAACACUGCACCUCUCGGAGGCAGCUGAACUUUGACUGUUGUGACAGGUCGCAUGAAUGAGAGACAUCCGAAUCAUAGUGAAAAAAUCGUCUUGUAAAUGAACGAAAAUUACCCGUGGCAGCUUUGGCUGUGCAGCAGCUAUUCACCAAAAGUUUAAUAUUGUUGGCCAGCUUGUUUGUUUUCAGUAAAUAGAUUAAAAAAUAGACAUUACUCGUGUUUUCCUUUCAUCAUUCAUUUAAAUAAAAUGAAUAUAGUUGC